AUGAUUUUAGCUCCCGAGUGGUCGGAGGAUCUCCAGACCAAGCUUCUGCUGGACAACAGCAUGACUCAGCCGUCAGUCCACGUGUAUCUGUUCCCUCUUGAGCCUGCCUCCCAGCCCGGCCCGCCCUCGAGGUCUGCACAGAGCCCAGCUGAGCUCCCGUGUCAAAGAGCAGCUUCCUGGCAGCUGUCUGCUGCACACACGGCCGUGUCUGCGUCAGGGCUCCUGUCCUCGCUCGGCCCGCCCUGCCCGUGUCCACACGUCUGCGGUCUACGGCUGAAGGCAGAUCGUUGA